AAUUAUAAAAAUAAUAUUAUUAUAAUAGUUAGACUUUAUUAGGACAAAAUUUCUUUAAAUUUGGUGCCAUCCAGGAUGUUGUUAUUGUUACUUGUAAUUCUUUUUCAACCACUAAUCUAGAUGAUAUUUUGUCUUUCAAACAUUUGCAGCAGAAAACCUUUCCCCCUCCCCCCCAAAAAGAUUUUCAAUUCAAAAGAAUUCAAUCAAGUCAAAUGCUUAUUUCAAUGCCAUGUCACAGGGUGAGUCUGUUCUUGUUCAGCUGGAGUAAGACCAAGUACAUUGCAAUAUGUCUGUACAAGGCAAAUGAAUGGGCUCUUAGUUCAUCUUUUAGAAUAUCGAAGUCUUUCAAAUAAAACAAGAAUUACUCCUGUAGACUCCUGGUCAGUCGAUUAAGUAGGGCUGGCUUCCUCCUGGCUUCCAUUUGUAGAGCUGGUGUUUUUCAAAUUGGGAAGUGUCAGGAACACUUUGAAAAUAUAUCCUUGAUAGUUGGGAAUUGUCCAUGAAUGUGUUUGCUUUGUCUUUUUAGGAUCCCAGCUUGCAGACCAUGAGAUGCUUUAUUUAGUGAACUUCAUUUUUCAAAAAUAAUCCACCAAAUAUUCAAGUCUCAAGAAGAUAUCUUUGUUAUAUAAUGAACUUACUUCUUUAUUACCUCUAAGGAAAAUGGCACAAACACCCACAUGAAGAAGCCAAGCUAGCCAUAUUUCACAAUAAUGUAGGUGUCCUGUGCUUUGCCCCAUCUUAUCAUACAACUUUGCAAAGAACCUUCCUUUUAAAAAACCAAACCAAACUCUUACCUUCUCUCUUAUAAUCAAUACUGAGUAAUAGGUCCAAGGUAGAAGAGUGGUAAGGGCUCAAAAAUGGAGGUUAACUGACUUGUCCAGGGUCACAAAGCUAGGGCUGAGGCCAGAUUUAUACCCAGGACCUCCCAUCUCCAGGCCUGGCUAUCCAUCUAGCUGUCCCAGAACCUUUCUUCUAAUGGACUGGUUUUCAUAGCAUUCUUUACUCUCUUAACUUGAAAACUGCCAGUUUGUCACUCCAGUAUUUCAACAGAGAUGAUCAUCCAUAAAAUAUGCAACACGUUUCCAUUGCACAAGGAGCUGGCCAUAUGCUUAACUUGUGCUUAUACGUCGACAUUCUGAACAUUGGUUGAGCGCUGUCACUGUAGGGUCCAAUAAAAUUCUCCAACAUUAUAUCUUUUCCAUUAAAAGACAAAAAUUAUUUUGACACUUUCCCUUAAGAUGGUUUCUCCAUUCAUGGGUUUACACAGUAACAAACUCCUCAGUGGCAGUUUCAGCAACCCAGCAUACAUAUGUAAUCAAACAGGCAUCUUAAACUCCAUCUGUUACUUCAUCUGAUUGUGGUAUGAGAUAGGAAGAUUUUUGUUUCUCCUUUAAUUGAUUGCAGAGGUUCUAAGCUGUCUGGGUGCUUCUUUUUUAUUAUGCCCCACCAUAUUACUGGCAUAUGAAACCAGGCCAACCAAGCAGCUUUGCCCAGGAUUGGCCAAGUACUAUUUUGGCCACAUCCAGAGCACUGACAUCUCUCCCAUGGAUUGAGUCUUUACGCUGUAGAGUCCAAUAUAAUUCUCAAACAUUAUAUCAUUUUCAUUAAAAGUCAAAAAUUAUAUUGACAUUUUCUCUUAACAUGGUAUCUCCAUCCAUGGGUUCACACUGAGCCAUAUAGCUUCCUCCAAAAGCAUCUAAUUUUCCCUGCAAAAAUUGUUAUGGCAGCUUAUUCUGCAUUUGCAUGUUCAAGUUGUACAUCGUUUUAUACCAGUCACAAUUAAAAGCAGUCAAUCAAAGGAAAUAUAAUCAUUUUCCCUCUCAUAAUACUUGUGAACUCAGUGAUAAAUUUAGUCGUGAGUAGCAUUUUCUGGAUUUGGACUUUUGUUUCAUAUUUCUGUAUUUCCACUAUUUGCUUGUACUAGUUUUAUUGACUUUGGUGAAUAUUCAUUUUAAACUGGUAAAAUGUUUAUCGUGUAAGAAUAUUAUUUCACUUUUUUAAUUAUUUAGAGGCAAAAAAAAUUGAGGCAUUUAAAUUUUAACAUUGAAAAUACCAAACUAUUUUCUAUAACUCAUCUUAAAUUAUUUCAGUGUUUUUAAAGUUUCAGGGAUUUUUUGGAAACCAGAUUAUUGUAUUGUAAUUUACCAUAAUGAAUUAUAUUGAGAAAUGUUCUGUAUUCUGGUAUUUUGGCUUCCCUACAAAGAUUUUUAAAUGUUGAGUUUAUACUCUUCAGGAUUAAAUAAAGCAGGCAAUAUGCUCAUACAUCUAAGUCAGAGCCUACUGAGACUCACUAUGAUGGUGGUGUAGUUGAUGCUAACAUGGAGGCUGGACAUAACCCAAUUCAAACUGGAUUAAGUAAUUACCACACAGUACAAGAAAAUUGUCUGUUAGACUCGUUUUGGUUGGCCUUGAUUUGGACUUUGUUUUCAGUGGGAGAAAAAAAAACAGAUAAAUUUAUGUGGAAGUUAUAUUUGAAAAUAUCUAAUGAUUUUGGUCUUGCUUUGUGCUGGGACAGACAUCUCAGAUGGGGAGUGAAGUUGCCUAGAGAUAGAAAAACAUGGCCUCAUUGAUUAAUAGGCAAAUAGAAUUGGAGUCCACUGUUACUGAGUCAAUUGUCACAUACUCUGCCCCUAUCCUCUAGCAGGUGGCAGUGGAGAAAAUCGGGUAGAAUGAAACUGUACUUUAAUGUUUGCUUUAUGUGGUUUCUUCUUUUUCUCUCCUGGAGCAGUUAGUCUUGGUUCUUUGACAUAUGCCUCCAUGAUAAUCUUCUUGGUUUACUUCGAUAUAUAUGAACAUCUGUCUAUAAAAUUAAGUUGCAUUUGUUUUUUUUUCAGGCAUCUUUGAGUCAGACCUUUAAUAAUGUGAGUUCAGACAGUAUUAAAGAUGGGCAGACUUGAAGAGAUUUCUAAGAGACAUAGUAUGAUAUAGAAGUUUUAUUCUUAUGAAGUCUUUUUCAAAAGAGAAAUGAAAAUAGAUUUAUUUAAUCCUAUGCUAUAUUAAAUCUUUUUAAAACAGUCUGAAGAUCAGGUAAGUACUCUCAGCAGAUGAUCAUUGGAAUUCUUUUAGUGAAGAUGGAAUGAAUAAAUUGCACACUCUCAAAUAUUGAAAAGAUAGGAAAUGGUAAGUGCUUCCCUGGAGAGAAUUCAGAAAGAAAUCCCCAAGUUUACAGAGCAUAUUUCAAAACAACAACAAAAAAACCCACACUAACUGGGGCCCAGUCUUCAAAGAAUUUUAAGAAAUGGAGAAAAUAGCGGUAAGAAGCUAACUGCAAUCUUAGAAAUUGGAGGAUGGAGGGGUUCACAAAACCACAGAUAAUAUUAGAUUGGCAAAAGGGCAGCUCGUUUCUCCUCUACCUAAAGCACAAAUCACAACUACAGAACACCCAACAGAAUGACCAUUCAUCUAAAAACCUCUAGUAGUGAGAGUUUGAUGAUUUACUACUUGGUAACUAAUGUCAGAUUUCUCUUCAUUUGGAUUAUGAUUUCUAAAUACAUGUGGAAGAAUUAGUCAGGAAAUAAAUAGCUUCUUCCUCUAGUACUUUAAGGGUUACAAAGCACUUUUCUUAUAGUACCCCUGUAGGAAUGACAAGGGACAGAGUAUAUACCCAUUUUAUAGAUGGGGAAACUAUGGCAAAGAAUUAUUGAUGAUUUGGCUGAAAUCAAUGGACCACCAGGUGAUAGAGCUGGGAUUUGAGCCUGGAGCAAGUGACUCUUGGUCUAAGCUUCUUUCUCCUAUACCAUGCAUGCACUUUAUGUUGAGAUGGUCUUGGAAUCAAGAAGUGCAGAUGACCUUAGUCAAGUCACUUCCUCCACCAGGGUCUUGAUUUCCCUCAUCAAAAAAUGAGAAGCUUAGCCUAGAUCAUAUCUAAGGUCUCGUUCCAACUUGAGCGUUCUUUUGGUUCUCUGAUAAAAAAUAGUUGGUCUUAACAGAAUAGUGCAAAGACAGAGGAAGCAAAGGAGAAGAACCAAAAGUCUAGAUGGUUCUAGCUACCGAGAAUUGAAGAACAACAUGUAAAUAGUACCAGUUAUAGAAGCUACUAUACAGAGCCUAGAAAAUUCACUCCCUUACAAAUCAGUAAAUUAUUCCAAAAGCCCCAAGUGACCACUCUGAAGACAUGGGACGUAUGAAAGAGGGAAAAGAGAGAAUCACAUUCUUUUUUAAUGUGUUAUUUGAUAUUUCUCCAAAUAAUAUGAAUGGCAUUGAGUUUGUUUCAGAUCACAAUGCAAUUAAGUUUCUUGUCAAGGAAUGAGAUGACCACAGUCAAGGCUUAAAUGUGAUAAUGAGUGUUACUUUAUCCAGAGUAGGUGAGAACAGUUCUCUCUUGUUAGCCAUCAAAAUGACUGCCCUGGUGCUUGUCCCAAAAGACUCAGAGUCUGACAUUCUGCUUCAAGAACAAGAAAAUGCUCUUUCUCCUAGGGAAGAACAGUCUGAAGACCAAGACCUCCAGGGCCUCAGAGAUAAACCCCUGAAGUUCAGAAAGUUGAAGAGGGAUAAAAAGGAGGAGAAAGAAGGAAAACAUGAAUUCCCACAGCCAUCAUCACACCAGUCUGCCGAACCAGCAGAGGCAGGAAAAGCAGAAACAUCAGAAGAGGCUGGGUCAGCCCCUGCUGCACCUGAAGCUUCAGCUUCUCCUAAACAACGGCGUUCUAUCAUCCGAGACCGGGGGCCCAUGUAUGAUGAUCCCACACUACCAGAGGGCUGGACAAGAAAACUGAAGCAGAGGAAAUCAGGCCGUUCUGCUGGGAAGUACGAUGUCUAUUUGAUCAAUCCACAGGGAAAAGCUUUUCGCUCCAAGGUAGAGUUGAUUGCAUACUUCGAAAAGGUAGGCGACACCUCCCUGGACCCUAAUGAUUUUGACUUCACGGUAACUGGGAGAGGGAGUCCCUCCCGACGAGAGCAGAAACCACCCAAGAAGUCCAAAUCCCCCAAGGCUCCAGGGACAGGCCGAGGGAGGGGACGGCCCAAAGGGAGCGGCACAGUGAAACCCCGGGUCACAGCCUCAGAAGGGGUCCAGGUCAAAAGGGUGAUUGAGAAAAGUCCUGGGAAGCUCCUAGUCAAGAUGCCUUUUCAGCCGUCACCUGGGGGAAAGGCUGAAGGGGGUGGGGCCACCACGUCCACCCAAGUCAUGGUGAUCAAGCGCCCUGGCAGGAAACGGAAAGUUGAGACCGAGCCACAGGUCAUCCCUAAGAAACGGGGCCGUAAGCCGGGGAGCAUAGUGGCCGCAGCUGCCGUGGAAGCCAAGAAGAAAGCAAUCAAAGAGUCUUCCAUCAGGUCCAUUCAUGAGACCGUGCUGCCCAUCAAAAAGCGGAAGACCAGGGAAGCCGUCAGCAUCGAGGUGAAGGAGGUGGUGAAGCCUCUACUUGUCUCCACCGUGGGGGAGAAGAGCACGAAGGGACUCAAGCCUGGAAAGAGCCCAGGUCGGAAAAGCAAAGAGAGCAGCCCCAAAGGGCGGAGUGCCAGCACCUCCUCUUCCCCCCCGAAGAAGGAGCAGCAGCAGCAGCAGCAGUACCACCACCACCACUACUACCCUUCCUCAGAGUCCCCCAAGGCCCCACCCCCACCUCACCCCGAGCCAGAGGGCUCCAAGGACAGCAAAAGCCCCCCCGAACCUCAGGACUUAAGCAGCAAAGUUUGCAAAGAAGAGAAGAUGCCAAGAGGGGCUCCACCAGAGAGUGAUGGCUGCACAAAGGAGCUCGCUAAGACUCAGCCCACAGCUGCUGCCGCCUCCGCUGCUGCCACCGCCGCCACCGCCACCACCGCCACCACCGCCACCACGGCAGCAGAAAAGUUCAAACACCGAGCAGAGGGAGACCGAAAGGACAUUGUCUCGUCCUCCAUGCCGAGGCCAAACCGAGAGGAUCCUGUGGACAGCCGGACGCCCGUGACAGAGAGAGUUAGCUGACUUUUGAAAAAGUGGAUUUAAAAAAACAAAAGAAUAAAGGCAGCUGUUGUCUCUUCUCCUUCUGGGCAGGGCUCGGACAAAGCUUCCCGAUUAACUGAAAUUAAAAAGGGUUUUUUUUUUUUCAGUCAACUUAGAGUUUCGUGGCUUCAGGGUGGGAGUAGUUGGAGCACUUAUGACAAGCACAGUCAGGUUGAAGACCUAACCAGGGCCAGAAGCAGCUUUGCACUUUUCUAUAAUAGGCUCCUUCAACAAGGCUUGCUGCAUAUACUACUGACCAGACAAGCUGUUUAUCAGGCUUUUUAGGAUACACCAGCACCUGCCCUCCAUUCAUCCCUGUUGGGAGAGGGAUGGUGUACUGGUUGUCACUAGAGACCUAACAGAGUAGGGUUAGUGGGAGCUUACAUUUUCAGUGCCAUUAACAUUCUAGUCCAAGGUCUUAAAUUAUUAUGUUGGGGGAUUUGGGUUUUGUUUUGUUUUCCUGAGGGGGGUCGGGGGAGGGGGGAUUCUAUUCCUUAGGAAAGAGGGUCAAGUCAGACGACAGAGCGCAGAGCAGUUGGCUCUGGGGGAGACCUUGACUAGGGGCCAGGUGGCAUCAUCUAAUCCCAAGGGGCUCCAAGUGAGUGUUAGGGUAGGGAAAGAUGUUACGCUAGGAGAGAAGCCUAAAAGAAGAGUGGUUAGAACCCUUCCCACUGGGAGUUGACUUGGAAGUAGGCCCCUCUGGAGGGAUUCCCAAUCACCAAAAGCAAUCUUGAGCUGUAGCUGCUUAUUUAGUGGACCUCACGUAUGUCCGGAUGAGAGUGCACAGGGUGGGCUGGGAGAAAGAAAAAUGUUCUUCCAAUUCUCUUCCAGUGCUAUUAGCUUAGGGACAGGUUAGAAGUAUUUGCACAAUUGUGUGAUCGUUCCCAUCCCCACUUCAAAACAAACUGGCUGAAAUGCUCAACAGAAGACUGGCUUCAAUGGGCGAUCUGCCCUUGCCACUCACCCAAGACACUGGCUUGAUGGGGUUCUGAAUUCCCUCUAUCUGCGCUUGUUUUCAAGUGGGAUAUUAGCACACAGGGUUCCCACGAAGCUUCGAAACUCUAAGUGUUGCUGCAGUUUUAUAAGGACUUCCUGACCAUUCUUUUUUUCUUCCCUUCUGUUUCUCCUUUCCUUUACAAACUCUUUUGCCCCCUCUCUAGGCAUCAGCAGUGAGUGCUCUCAAUUUAGUUGCACAUUGAACUAACUGGCCCUUGUAGGCUCCUAGCUGGGUAAUCCUAACCGAGCCCUGGGACAUGUACACCUGGUCACUUACUUUCUUGCCAGUAAGGAAAAUCAUUUGAUGAAUCUGGUCAUAAGAGUUUGAGGCCCAGCAAACACAAAAAUCAUAAACCUAGUUGCCCUGCCCUACCCCCCCCCCCCAAAAAAAAAGCCUUUCCAGGCUUUGAUUACUUAGAAGCAAAAGAGAAGUUUAGAAAACCACUUCACUCUGAGGCCUGCCAGAGUGACAAAGGAAUCCUUCUGCCUACCAAAGCGAUGAAACAAACCUCCUUAGCCAAGUGGACAGCACAAUCACAAUGCUUUUUUCUCCUCUCCAUUUUGGCCUUUCAAAGGUCACAAGCUGGUCCUCUUAGGGCACAGUGUUACAAAUAAAGAGAACACUCCAAGAUCUGGUCCAUAAUCUUGAGCCCAGCUCCCGGAGCACAUACCUGCUCUUCCCACUUCCCAUGAGCUCUCCUCUGAUGGCAGAUUUGGGCUUGAACCCUUUUUCAGAGAGGUUGAAUAAGGCCAUUUCUUCCAUGUCUGAAUCUUGGUGGGAGGGGCAGGGCUUGCUUUCCAUCUGCCUAUUUUUUUUUCAUUUGUUUGGGGAAGGUUUAUAUCUUUUUAACCUUGCUGGGGGUUCAGGAAGUCCUUAUCCUGCUGUAUACCUUCAUCAUAUUGGUAUCUCCUUGUCUGUGUUUACAGAGAUGUCUCUUGUAUAGAAAUCUAUCAAACUGCGAAGCACCUUAUCAAACAGUUAAAAUGAGAGCGCAGCUUUCUGCUUCUACACACACUCACAUACAUGCACACACACAUAUAAUACAUGUGAGCUGCUGCAGUGAACUGUCAAAUAUGUGCCAUCUAGUCUCUUUCCAGUCAUUAUUCCCCAGCUUCCUUAGGAGGAUGUAACCACAAAGGAUCGAACUAUUAUCAAAAUUAUAUUGCAUUUUCUUGAUUAAUCUUUGGUAACCAGGAACCAUAGUUGACAGUUCCAAUCAGUAACUUCCAAAGGGAGUUUGUCCUUUCGGUCUUUCUGCAGUUGUUCAGCCUUUAGUAGAUUUGUCUCAAUUUGCUGAACAUCAUAGGACUACCACAAAAAACUCUCAUUGGUCCCAGCCCUUAGGCCCUUACCACUUUUCAAUCUUCCUGCUUCACUGCUGAUAACACCCCCCCAAAGGGAGGGGGUUUAUGGGUUGUCCUAGGAGGGUGUAAUUCCUUUGUAGCACCUCUUCCACCUUCUCUAAGGAGAAACGGCUCCCAAGCCUACCACGUCUCCUCGCUCUGGAUUUGUGUGUUCCUUAAGUCCUUUUUUAAUGGUGGAUUUCUAAUGGGCCUCCAGAGGACACCCACAUGUGCACUUUAACUAGUCUGUUUCUUGAAGCCCCUUUAUCAUUGGAAAGGGAUAUUUUUAGUGUUUUGGUUUGGUUUGGUUUUUGCUUGUUAUACUUCAAGUAUUCUUAGACUAGUAGAAUUGAGCUCUUGGGACCAUCAUCAGGGAAGGAUAGUUCAGUGUUUCACCCUAUCUGAUUCCCUGGAAAGAGGAGUCUCUGGUCCCCACAGAGUCCCAUUGGACUCUUUCUGACGCACGCUUCACCUCAUUCAAGGGUAUUUUAGACAGGGGAGGUACAGCACUUGAAAAUGAGAAUCUUUCCUCUGGAUGAGUCAAAUUCUGCAGCCCCCCUACCUCCCUCUUCCUUCACUGAAAUGUCUAAAGCUGCAGGUGGUGACCAGGGCUCUUUACAUUUCUGGUGGUUUUGUUUUUCCUCCUCCUCCUCUUUCUUCCAACCUUUCCUCUCCUCCCGCAGCCAGAAGGGGCCUGAGUCAGGCCCCCUUCAGGAGACUGAGAUUUCUCCCUCCCUUGAAGGGCAGUUGGCAUGGUCUCCUUGCAUUUAUUUUUCACCGUGGCUCAAAAAUUCUCUCCAGCUGUGGGGUACUUUCCAUCUUUUGCUCUGAGGCCCAGUGUCACAUCUGGGAAAUGAGCUGCCCUUGUGAGAGUCUGUGCUUUCCAAGUUUGAACAGGACAGGGUGUUGGAAAAUGAAAGAGGGUAUGAAGUUUGGAUAUCAGAAUGCCAAAAGUGUAGCACCAGGCACUCAUUAGCAGUGUGGCCCAUGCUAAGUAUAUAUUUGAACACUUGAGACGCCUGGGCAGCCUCUCUUAAUGACUACACCGAGACAAUACUGACGACCUUCUUGUGUCCUUGGGGUGGAGGACAUCUUUGAAAUCCUAGGCUUCCUUUUCAUCACUGGAUGUCACCCUCCUGGUAUCUUGUAUUACAGCUCCACCUAGGUAACAGCUGUAACAGACUUAAGCACCACUCCUCUCUGCCCAGGGGAUAAGGAGGAGUAGACUGAUGAUUUCUGAAACACUCCAUUACAUAUUUGGGCAGGGGCUCUGCCUGAGCCCUCGGUUGUCUCAUAUUCCCAGGAAGAGACACCAAAAGACCGAAUUAAAAGAGGGCUUCCCAAUGCACAGCCUGGAACCCAGGGUGUUAAAGGCCCCAAUGCAAUCCAUGAACCCAGAACUAUUGAUAGCAGACGUGAGCCCAGGACUGUUACAGCACAUUGAUUAGGAGGCUGAAAUAGAAAGGUGUCUUGAGGCAAUUUUGGUUGGCCAUACUUACUAUUGACAUGUCUGUUCCUGGACUAGAGAUUAAUUGAUGAUGAAAACUUUAGGGGACUGUCCUCACAUGCCUGAGCUGAGGGAAAUCUGCCCCUCUCUAAAGUCCAUCAAAAAAAGAACACUGACUUCCCCACAGACAUCGAGGAAAGCAUGUUCCUUAGUGGGUCAUCUGAAUUUUCAGUUAUUUAAGAUCAGAGACGCGAGCCCAGGAAAGCAAAGAAUAUAGGCUACAUAAUCCAUAGUAGACAAAUUGGGAUCCAGCUGGCCAGAGGAGAAAUUUGUAGCCAAAUCCUAGUGUCUAGAGAUCAUAGGAUCAUAACCUUAGGGCUGGAAAAGACUUUGGAGGUCAUAGAGUCCAACCCCUUCAUUUUACAGAUGAGGAAACUGAGAUGCAGUGAUUUUCCCAGGAUCACACAGCUAGUGUUUGAGGUAGGAUCUGAGCUCCAAUCUUAAGUCCAGCCUGAUAUCCACCACUUCACACUGCCUCUGAUUUACUGACUUGAAUUUGGCACAGCUUUAGGUCUCCGGUUAGUUUGUAGUGGCUCCAUGCCUUGGUUUCCCCGAUUGUCAGAUAGAAACGAUCAAGGUAAAUUGAGAUCCUUUGAAUCCAUCGAAGUGUAAUGGGCAAGGGCCAUUUUAAAAAUCAGACUAGGACUUUUCCCAAUCCUGGUGACUGGCUGGCACAGAGAAUUCUUUCUUGAUUGAAGAUGCUUUUCACGUGGAUUUGAAUUCUGGGGCCAGAAUUUCCUCAAGCCCCUUCAAGGGGUCACUCAGCAAAAUCUCCUAAGUCAGUACCAAUGGAGAACUCAACCACUGUGUGAGUAAUAAAUGCAAAUGUCCUUUCUGAGCUCAUCAUUGAGAUAAAUACAUCCAUCAAGUGACUACUGAGGCUGCGGAGUGGAGGGAAGAUGGCAGAAGGGAAGCCUGACAUCCCUGUUUCAAUGUUCUUGGGUAUAGGAAGGGAAAUGGGCCCUUUUCCCAAGCAAAGAAAGGUUUUCUGACGUCCUACUACUGUCACUUUCAUGGCCUGUUUCCGAUUCACAGAAUAGAUGGUUAGCAUUGUCUGCCUACCUUUUCUGAUCACCACAUUCACCGUCUCUUCAUUUCCACCAAGUCUCCCAACCUUUGGGAGCUCAUAGUACAGCAUCUGAAAAUGAUUGCACUUUAACAGAAUUCAUUGAAUGUCUCCAUUUGUAUAUUUGUUUCUCUUUUCAAAGAGUGUCCUUGUACCAUUGUAAAGAAUGCCUGCUUGUGGAUUUUACUCCUCCUGGGGAAGGAGGGAUGGUUUUGCUUUUGGUGUUCACUCCUGGCCUAAUCACAUUUCAGAAAGUGUGCUGUGUGCGUGCGUGCGUGCGUGUGCGUGAAGAGGAAAUGAAAUGUGAAUGCCCGGCCCAAACCUAGAAACCAUUUGGGUGUUUGUGAAUGGACAAAAGGCCCAAAUCUUGCUAAAGUCUUGGUCUAAACAUCAUUCGGAGUUAGAACUUAUUAUAAAGUGACAGCUGGACAAAGUAGACAAAGGAGGAACCAGGUCAAGUCCUUGCUGUCAGGAUGGUCACGGGGAAGGGGCAAGGGGAUGCAUGGGUCUUGUGCCUGAAAUGUUCAAUCGAAGUCUCUGCUACCCUUGGAAAAGGUGUUGGCACUUUUACCAUUUGGAAAUGAAAGCCACGUUCUACCUGGUCAAAGGAGUUGCGUCUUCAUCAGUGGUUUUCUGGACUCAAGAUCAGAGUCCAUCUCCUCUUUGGACAUGAGCUUCAAAAUUUGGAGGUAGAAAACCUAGGUUUGAAUCCCAUCUCUCCUCAGUCUUGCCUGUGUGACCCUGGGCGAGUCCCUUAACUUGACUGGCCCUGUUUCCUCAUCUAUAGAAUGAGGGCCGUAGAGCUAGUCCCUUCAGUUCCAAACCCAUGAUCACUUCAUGCUGUCUCAUUGUGGGGAGAGGGGGGAGCUGCCUGCUUUGCCAAGAGAUGGUAAAACCCAACUCUUGAGCCAUACCAAUAGCCUGGGGGCAGGAAAGGGUGGGAGGUGAAACGUGGAUUCUCUGUUCCUAGAUCUUUGACAGGGCCUGCUAGAGCCCUCUGGUCCCUGCCACCCAAAACCUGCUCCUCUGCUGGAUCAUGCAGAGAGAAGGCACUGCUGAAUCAGGCCUGAGGACCCCUGGGAGCUAAAUAAAACCCAAAGGGAGGAAAGCUGAGUGGUUUGGAAAAGACCCGAGUGUGUGCAAAACCCAUGGGUUGCUGCACGGCCAGAAGGCACAAGACAGAAAGCUGAGGAAAUUCAGCUCCUGCCCGAAGGAAGGCCUUGAUCCUCUGAGUGUCUCUGUUAAGUGGCAAAGCUCCUCUUCCUGGCAACGAAACCAACCCUAUCCAGAAUACCUAGACUCAAGCAUAGGCCUGAUUUUUCUCUCUUGAUUCUGGGAUUUUGUUUUUCAGUUUUAAUCCUGUUCUUUUCCGUCCCUUUUUUUAAUGCACCGACUAGACGUAAAAAGCAGUCUAGUUUUUAUAUAUCUGUAUAUUGCAUUAUAAACUCAUUUUGCUUGUAGCUCCACAAAAAAAGGCCUGUUGGAAUUAUACCUGUUGCUUAUUUACAAUAUUCCUGAUUAUCCAUAGCCUAGGGCAAGGGAAAAUAAAGGCGAAAACAAACCUACCACUCUGCCUGCUGGUCACUUUGUCUGUUAAGCAGAUCUUGGGGACUCUGCUUCAGUCCUCCUCCUCCUCCUCCUCCUCCUCCUCCUCCUUUCUUUCCAGGGCUCCCAGGGAGCUGGCUAAGUGAGCAUCAGGGGCUUUCCCAAUGGGAGCACUUGGUAGCUUUGUUUGGGGGUGGGGGUGGCAGAGGGAGGAACCCCAGGAGAUGCCUUGGCUGUGUAUGCCUGAAGAUUCUGGACAGGCCCAUUUCGCCCAUUACCCACAUCCUGGGGCCCAGUUGCCCAAGCCAUCUUCUUGGCCAUUGUGGGAUUUUGCUUCCAACUGGGGGGGGGGGGGCAUCAAGGUAUUCUGGCUUCUCGUGUGGCCUGAUGUGUUCAUUUAUGACAGUUGUGAGUUGAGAUGCAACAGGUCAAUCGUGGUAAGGUUUAAAGCAUAACCCCAACAGCUGGGGAGCCUACCAGCUUUUCUCUGGACAGUACAAAGCCAACCCCAUGGGAUGGGGCCAAGGAGCAGAGAGAGCCCUUUGGCUUUCUAAAACUGGCCACCAUCCUGGGCAGAACCACCAGGCCCUCUGGGACCAUCAGGAACCCAGGGGCCACCUUCCCAUUCAGAGGUUUCCUCUCAAUUCACAUCCUGCCCCUUUCAGGCAUUAUUGCUUUCGGUGAGCAGUAGCUCCGAAUUAGCAAUACCUGUCUGAGAGAAUUGAGCUAUCGAAAUUCUUUUUGAUCCUUAAAACUCGAAACACUCAUUUUUCCAAAGCAGAGUCGCCAGAGCCAAAACCUUCCAUCCAGACGGUGUUGCUUUUUCCGGGGGCUCAGUCCACAUAUAAAGAGGAAAUAAGUCUCACCCAGGUUGGCCAGGGCUGAGCCUUGAAAGGUCCCUGGGCAGGUAGGCCUCGAUUUGAGGAACCCACUCCCAGUGGGCACUCAGUAUUAAGUCAUGAGGUUUCCAGCACCAUUCCUUUUUCAGCAACUGUUAGAGAAGGGAGGGAUGGGACUGCCUCUGCUGCCGUUCUGCCACUGGUGAGCGAGCGGGUGUCCUAGUGUGUCCUAGCGUGUGUGUUCGUGGGUAAAUGGACAACACUCGAUACCAACACUUGCCGGUUGGUCACCACCACCACUGACGGCCCGAGAACGAGGACGCUCUUAGUGCUAAAUACAGCUGAGUGUCCCAACUCUACAUUCUCUGCAACAUUGACAACCAAGUGCAAACUCGAAGCCUGCUUCUUCCCUUGCCAUCCAAGCCUCCCUUGUGCGUUGCUCCAGUCAAUACUAACAGCGCUCCAGAAUCUGACUUCGCUUCAAGAAUCACUAGUUGAUGACCAUAUGACCAAAUAUUCCAAGGACUGUUAAUUAAAUGUAUGCUGAGUUCUUUCUCUGUACAGUUAGUUAGUUCUUCUAGGUUACCUAUGUACCUGGCGCCGUGGUGUGUGCUGUGCUUUCUCUCUCUCUCCUUCCUGCCUUUCGUUGUUGUCCUUAGGUUUUCUUUCUGGUUUGGCUUUUGAUUUGGGUUGAUUUUUUUUUUAAUUUUGUAUUCCAAGCCUGGGAUUUUCUCUGCUAGUCUCUAACUGUGGUGUUAAAAGUUUCUAUUUGUGUAUUGUUUGAUGGGUAAAAGGAGCGUUUCUAAGUAGAUCUCUUCUGUGUUUGAGCUAAAGUCUGUAUUUGUAACCAUGUUAAAGUAAUUGUUCCAGAGACAAAUACUUCUAGACAUUUGGGGGAGGGCGGGGAGGGGAGGGCUAGAUGAAUCAAUUCUUUUUUUAAAAGUGGAGGCUAAAAGUGAAAAAGAGCUUCUUUUUCCCUCUAGGGAGGCCUGAGGCUUGCUGAGGGGGCCAUAACUCCCCUCAGCCCUGCCCAUGGCCAAAAACCACAUGAGAAGCAAAGCCUGCUGGGGCCUCUCUGCAAAUCCCUUUCAAAGCCAACACACAUGCAUCCAGGAGCUGAUCUGUCUCUGUUCUCUUGAUCUUGGCUGAAAGCAGUUUUUCUUGAAGGAGGUUUCUCCCACCUGUGGUCCCCAGUGAAUUACUUUGUCAGUUUCCUGAAAAAUGCCACAGGUUUAGUUUAGUUUCACUGGGGAAAGAGAGGAGACAGUGGUUCUUUUUCUUUUGUAGGGAGAAUUGGGAAGAGAGGGAGGAAAGCUAAGCAGACAUUGGAGCCAGGAUCUGUGCAGGUUAUUUAAAGAGUUUAUAAAGAGAGAACUCUAUUUUUACUAUGAUAGGUCACUUAGGUUUUCAAAAAGGAAGUAAAUCAUUGUCAGCCCAGACUGGGAAUCCAACUCUACCCUCCUGAACGUUAAUUCCCCAAAUUAGCCGAAGGUUUACAUGCCACCCUCAUUGGGAUUCGCCACUUAAAACUUCCCCCACCUAACUCCCAUAAUGCACAUAAUUAACAAGAAGGCUUUUUGCCGCCUUUUUUUCUAAUGGCAACAAAUCAAUUUUGGAGGGUCCCCCUUUCUUUGAUUUCUUUUGGCCCCUAGUCACAUUUGCCCCUUCCAUAGUGAAAGAAAAAAAGCAGAUCCACCCCCUCUAGGCAAAAGAGGUGGGCUGGAGGCACUGGGCACAGGAUUGACACCUGCCCCCAUCUGCCCCUACUUUCCAGAAACCACAGAACCUUCAAGAGUUUAAGUGCCCCUUGCAGUUCAGCUCCAAAGCCUCACUAUGGGAUGGGAGAGAUGGCAGCCCCUAGGCCAUGCUGACAGAACGCACCCCCACUGGAGAGGGAAUGGGGAAAUGGGGUAUUGAGGGGAACCAACCUCUUCCUCAAGCCCUCGAUUGCAUUCACCUUGGGUUUUUGUGUUUGGGGACAAUUACUUUAGAAAAUAAGGAUUGCUCUUUUGUAGUGUUCAAAAAAGGUUCUUUGUGUAUAGCCAAAUGACUGAAAGCACUGAUAUAUUUAAAAAAAAGCAAUUUAUUAAGGAAAUUUGUACCAUUUCAGUAAAUCUGUCUGAAUGUACCUAUAUACGUUAAAAGAAGUCCCCUCCCCCUCAAAUCCCUGUAACCUAUUUAUUAUAUAAAAAGUUUGCCUUAUAACUUUACAUACAAUGUCCUUUUUGUGUCUUUUGUUGUAAGCCUAGUGGUUCCCCCUCGAGUCUUUUCUUCUUGGAAAAGAUGGGCAGCACGCUAUUGGACUUUCUUUCUGUGAGUUUUCCUUUCUACCUGUAAAAGCAGAAUACUCAGCAUGCAUUUCUCUCUAAGUGACUAGUUUGCAUCUUUUGUUGGUAAGUACUGUAUCCUGUGCUGUUAGAAUUUAUCUAUAAAUCUAUGUAAAAAGUAA